AUUGGAACCCGGCCAUCGUCGCCGGAACUUCUCAGUCGAACAUAUCUGCUGUGUUCAAGAGAGUCCAGAUCUGAUUUGAGUGUUUUUGCAGAUGUUGAACGGUUCGAAAGAGGAAACCCAGUUCAUAUGAGAGAGAGAGAGAGAGAGAUUUGGAAGCUUUGGAAUCAAACCCAGAUGCUAUUUUUUUGAGAUAUAGUUGGCAAAUGUCACCUCAGCGAACUCAGGGAGAUUAUUUUGGCUGUUCUGUUCGAUUUGAAAUUGAAGAAUGAGAUCCAAAUCUCGUAGUUUACGGAGACUCAUGGGGAACUGUUUUGCUAUUGAAGAACAAGAAGAAACUACGAAGCCAGUUGCCGAUUCUCAAACCACAAUUGCAUCCCCAAGGAAACAAGACACAGCAGACGCGGCAAAAGUUACAGCAAUUCCCAGAAAUGUCAAAGACUUGCUUCAGAAUCCUGGAUACAGUAAUGUUGAUAUCUUUACAUAUAAUGAGUUGAGAUUGGCUACCAAGCACUUUCGUCCGGAUCAAGUUCUUGGUGAAGGUGGGUUUGGGGUUGUCUACAAAGGAGUUAUAGAUGAAAAUGUCAGACCGUGUUACCAAGCAACAAAAGUUGCUAUUAAAGUGCUCGACCCAGAGGGGUUCCAAGGCGACCGAGAAUGGCUGGCAGAGGUCAACUAUCUUGGACAACUCAGUCACCCAAAUCUUGUCAAACUCAUUGGAUACUGCUGUGAAGAUGACCACAGGAUGUUGGUCUAUGAAUAUAUGGCGUGCGGGAGCCUGGAACAGCAACUCUUUCGAAAGGUAUGUGUAUUACUGACUUGGUCCACUAGAAUGAAGAUAGCUUUAGGUGCAGCAAAAGGUCUAGCUUUUCUUCAUGGAGCAGAAAGAUCUAUAAUAUAUCGUGACUUCAAGACAUCAAACAUCUUACUGGAUUCGGAUUUUAAUGCCAAGCUCUCCGAUUUUGGACUUGCAAAGGAUGGGCCAAUGGGAGACCAGACCCAUGUGUCAACCCGAGUGAUGGGUACUUAUGGAUAUGCUGCCCCAGAGUACAUCAUGACUGGUCACUUGACAGCUAGAAGUGAUGUAUAUGGUUUUGGGGUUGUGCUCCUUGAAAUGCUCCUUGGUAAGAGAGCAAUUAACAAAAGGAGGUCAAGCCAGGAACAAAAUCUGGUUGACUGGGCACGUCCACUAUUGAACCAUAAUAAGAAGUUGCUGAAGAUAUUGGACCCAAGAAUGGAAGGUCAGUACUCGAUCAAGGCUGCCCAGAAGGUAGCGAAUUUGGCUUACCGAUGCCUCAGUCAAAACCCAAAGGGGAGGCCUACCAUGAAUCAGGUGGUUGAGAUACUUGAAAUGUUUCAAGAUCAAGGAGAGAAUAGGGAAGAUCUGCUGCAGAGAGGUGUAACUUUGUACGAGGUCCCGAAGGGUAACCCUAAGAAGAAACGUGCAAGCAGAAUUGAAGGUGAAACAGAACCUAAUUUGCAUCAGAAGCAAAGAGAGGAAUUUGCUAACAGCAGGAGCAAGAGUGAGCCCUCUAAGCGAGUAGAAUUUGUACAGCUGUUCCCCCAACUCUCAGCCCCGUAAGAGGAAAUCACUGGGUUUAAGAAUUGAUACAAAACCAUCAAAUGGAGUUGGU